GAGAGAGAGAGAGAGAGAGAGAGAGAGAGAGAGAGAGCCCUAAUUAGAGAGAGAGAGAUGGGGAGGUCGAGGAGGAAGUACAAGAAAUCGAGGCCGAAGGUCCGCGUCGCCCUCCCGAAGAAGAACCCCAGGGUCGUCAAGGCCGCCUUCAACCUCCCCCCGAAGCUCCGGUCCUUGAUCCGUGACUCCGUCGGCGGCGGCGUCGAGUGGGACGACAUGGGGAGCGUCCUCCGGAACUACAAGUCCUUCGGCGUCGUCUCCAACCCUAACCUGCUCGGGGUCCGGUCCCGCAACGCCCACACCGUCGAGAGCGGCGCCCUCCAGGUCCCGCCCCCGCCGCCUCAGCCGUCCGACGAGGCCGCCGGGGCUGCGGAGUGCGACAUGAUCGACUCGGGCAGCGACCUCGAAGAGGACGAUUUGAAAUCAGCUCUUGGGAAGAAAAGAAGAGAUGGCAAAUCCGCGCCUUCGCAGCCAUUGACUGCCAUGCAACGUGUUCACGUCGGGCGGCUGAUCGAGAAACACGGAGAUGACUAUCAGGCGAUGUUCCGGGACAUGAAGCUGAACGCAAUGCAGCAUUCAGUCGCAACUUUGGAGAAACUGUGUAAAAGGUAUUGCAUGUACACAGAUAAGAACCCUUUGAUACUUUCUCGGUAGAGGUCCGGUUUGUGCUCCUUAAGACCGGCGGAAUAUGCUGUAAUCCAUUAACACUCUUUCAAGGGUGCAUUGUGCUUUCAAAUUUUGUUUAGCAUUUUGUUCAUGGCUGAUCGAUGUACUCCCCUGUCUUCCCAAUUCCGGGGGAAUCUCUUCAAAGAGAAGUUGGGGCCAUGACACUUAUUUUACCCAUCA